GUGCACACCGUCGAACUGGCCACACUCAAGUCCAGCAAGAAUUUCGACUUCGUAAACUCUUCAAGCAUGAAGGGUUCAGCAUGAGACAUCUAAGGAACGACAUUGCUUUACUUCAGCUCCAAAAACCUGUGGAGAUUAGUACUAAGGUGAAUACAGUAUGUUUGCCUUCUUCUGGAAGCAGAGCCAAAGCAGGAGCUAAGUGCUAUAUAACAGGUUGGGGAAGAACAGAAGGCGGUGGCAACGCUGCAGGCAUUCUUCAACAAGCCAUUCUCCCGGUUCGCUCCCACUCAGACUGCGCACGCGUAAAUGGACGACUUGUCACAGUKGACCAAAACUCCAUGAUCUGCGCUGGAGGAGAGGGCAAGGGUGGUUKUCAAGGAGACAGUGGAGGGCCGUUCGUGUGUAAGGAGGGUGGUCACUGGGUGUUACGUGGUGCUGUCAGCUGGGGACAUAGCAUGUGCCGUACUGACCACUAUACAGUUUUUGCACGUAUCAGUAACUUCAUUGAAUGGAUCAACAAGAAAAGAAGAUCAGGUGGUGGUGGAGACGGUGAGGAAGGUGAGGAAGGCGGAGGCGGCAGCAGGCCGG